AUGGCCGCUUCGAACCCCCUUCGAUACGAAGUCUUCCGAAUCUACAAAGGCACAGAGUACCCACUCGGCUAUGACUACUUCAAGAACGGCCUAAGGAAAGCGUUCCGCGCCAAAUCUGGACUGCAGGACCGACAAGAGAUCCAAAAGGGGAUUGAGCAGGCCGAGUAUGUGAAGAAAGAAGUUGAAGCUCUGUACUAUCUCAAACGCUACCGAGCACUUAAACAACGCUAUGAUACCCCUCGAUGA